AUUGGCACUCGCAACACCGGUCGGUUUAGUCUUGUGCACACGUUCGUCGCGGCCAGUGUCCUCCAACUACCGUGUACAACCGCAAAACACACGCGCGCACAGCGAACACACAUAACGUCGUCCCACGCCGACGGUCCAUCUGUCGCCGCAAAACAGGCCGCCCCGUUCCGUUUCCGUUUUUUUGUUAUUUUCUCCGUUACCGAUCGAAAAACAAACACGUCCAACCCAAGGUGUAACCCAAAUAAAAUAAUAAUAAUCCAACACCACGAUACUAUAAUAAACGACCAACAUCGACUCGGUCCGGAUAACGUACGCGUGUGAUUUGUUUCUAGUGCGAGCGAGUUCUAUUUUAAUCUUCAUUCUCAUUUUACUUUCCUUACUAUUUUCUUGAAAACAAAAAUAUAAAAUAAUUGUCAUCGUUCCAGUUCUGAUCGAGUCGGACUUGCCGUCGACGGCCCACCGCCGCGCGCCUUAACACCGCCGCCGCCAUGGAUCUGACCGAUCCGCUGGAUCCCUGGAUGGGACCGCCCAAAGACGGUCUGUACGACCCCCAAUUGGAAAAGGAAGCUUGCGGCGUGGGCUUCAUAGUGGCCAUUGACGGCAAACGUUCCAACAAGAUCGUUCGAGAUGCUCAAAAAUUGGCAAUGCGGAUGAACCACCGUGGCGCAUGCUCGUGCGAUAACGAUUCCGGAGACGGCGCUGGUGUGCUCACUGCCAUACCGCAUUCUUUCUACGCCCACAAGCUAAGGGAGGAACAAAGCGUGGAUUUGCCGGCCGAGGGGACAUACGCGACCGGCAUGUUUUACCUGGACAAAGCGCACCACGCCGAGAGCGAGGAGAUGUUCGCGGCCAUCGCGGCCGAAUGCAAAAUCAAAGUGUUUUGCUGGCGAACAGUACCUGUACGCAAUAACCAAAUUGGAGAGGUCGCCAGAAAUAGCGAGCCGUUCAUCCGACAACCGUUUGUCGUGGACGCGGCCGAGACGUUCAACGAGGACGACUUCAAGCGCCGGGUUUUCGCACUCCGCAAACGUUCCACCCACGUCAUACCCAAGCCCGGCAGGAGGUUUUACAUAUGUUCCCUGUCGCACACCAUCAUCGUUUACAAGGGACAAUUCACGUCCGACCAGCUGUGGGCCUACUACGCCGACCUACAGAGUCCGGCGUACGAAACGUACCUGGCGUUGGUGCACACGAGAUUCUCGACGAACACGUUCCCCAGCUGGGAGAGGGCGCAUCCGCUGAGAGUUUUGGCGCACAACGGGGAGAUCAACACCGUCCGCGGUAACGUCAACUUCAUGACCGCCCGCGAAGGCGUCAUGGAGAGCAAGCAUUUUGACGACAUCACCAAGCUCUAUCCGGUGGUCGAACCCAACUUGUCCGACUCCGGGUCGGCCGAUUGCGUGCUGGAAUUCCUGAUCAACGCCGGCGAGUGUUCGCUUCCCGAAGCCGUCAUGACCAUGGUGCCGGAGGCUUGGCAAAACGACCAGACUAUGCCGUCGGAGAAACGGGAUUUCUACAACUGGGCCGCUUGCGCAAUGGAGCCGUGGGACGGCCCGGCGCUGUUGACGUUCACCGACGGACGAUAUGUCGGUGCUCUGCUAGACAGAAACGGAUUGAGGCCUUCGCGUUUCUACGUGCUCAAAGAUAACAUCAUGGUUAUGGCAUCCGAAGUGGGAGUCUACGACACUGACCCAGCUAACGUGGCGCUAAAGAGCCGUCUGAAGCCCGGCCGUAUGUUGUUGGUGGACACCAAAGAAAAACGGAUCAUACAAGACGUUCAGUUGAAGUUGGACAUAGCGAGGAGCCGACCCCAUUCCGACUGGCUUAGAGAACAGAUUACAAUUGAAGAUCUAAGAGAAGAAGCGGUGACCAAAGGGUUUGGUCUAGUACGGGCGAAAUCGAUCGAGUUCGUCAGCGGUGAACGCAAGAAAGUGAUCAGGGACAAUAUUCCAGAACAGGAAAUGACUCGCGUAUGGGGAGGAGACAGACGUCUGUUGCUAUUCAGUUACUCAAUAGAAACCAUCAACAUGCUUAUUGUUCCCAUGAUCAGAACAAAAAAAGAAGCUUUGGGAUCAAUGGGCAACGACGCUCCUUUGGCUUGCCUUUCGCUGUUUCAACCGCUUAUAUAUUCUUACUUCAAACAAUUAUUCGCCCAAGUCACAAAUCCACCCAUCGAUCCGUUCCGAGAGAAAAUUGUGAUGUCUUUGAUGUGCCCAAUCGGACCCGAAGCCAAUAUUCUUAUACCGAGUGCGAAACAAUGUCACAGACUAUUCUUGCCCAAUCCAAUUUUGUCGUUGUACGAUUUAGAAGUCUUGCGAAACAAUCAACAUCGUGGUUGGAAGACAAAAGUCAUUGACGUUACGUUCAGCAAGAGAGAAGGUCCGUCUGGUUUUCUGAAAUCAUUAGAUCGCAUAUGCGAGGAAGCAGCCAACGCCUCGAAAGCCGGUUAUCAACUUAUCAUACUGUCGGAUCGAAAUGCUUCGGCUGAAAGAAUACCAGUAAGCAUGUUGUUGGCAUUGGGAGCCACGCAUCACCACCUAAUUGAAAAACGUCUACGUAUGAAAGUGGGUCUGAUAGUCGAAACUGGCGAAGCCAGAGAAGUUCACCAGAUGUGCGUAUUGCUGGGAUACGGAGCCGACGGAAUUUGUCCAUACUUGGUGUUUGAAAUGGCAAAAACCCUACGUGCCGAAGGAGUUCUGGAUGCAUCGUACACCGAUAAAAUAUUAUUCGAGAACUAUUGCGAAGCAAUGGAACGUGGUAUUUCAAAAGUAAUGGCGAAAAUGGGAAUCUCAACACUGCAGUCUUAUAAAGGAGCUCAAAUUUUUGAAGCGGUCGGUUUGGCCGAUGAAGUAAUUCACAAGUGUUUCAAGGGCACUCAGUCACGUAUCGGUGGUAUUAAUUUCGAGCUGUUGGCUCAAGAAGCGUACGAACGUCAUUUCCUCUCUUAUUCCGACCGCAAUACUGACAUGUUGGUGUUGAUGAACCCCGGAUACUUCCAUUGGCGCAGCGGAGGAGAAAAACACAUAAACGACCCUCUUAGCAUUGCAAACUUACAAGAUGCGGCAGCUAGUAAGAGCAUGAAUUCUUAUGAAAAAUUCGUUGAAUCUACAAUGGAAAGUGUCAGGUCUUGUACACUGAGGGGUCAGCUGGAAUUAAUUCCAACUACCAAAUCAAUUGACAUUUCCGAAGUCGAGCCGGCUGCCAAUAUCGUCAAGAGAUUCGCGACAGGUGCGAUGAGUUUUGGUUCAAUUUCUCUGGAAGCACACACGUCACUUGCAAUUGCUAUGAACAGAAUCGGAGGAAAAUCUAACACUGGAGAAGGAGGUGAAAACGCUGACCGCUAUUUGAAUCAAGACGCAGAAAACAACAAACGUUCGGCGAUCAAACAAGUGGCUUCCGGUCGAUUCGGUGUGACCAGCUCUUAUUUGGCUCAUGCCGACGAUUUGCAAAUCAAAAUGGCACAAGGCGCCAAACCCGGCGAGGGAGGUGAACUACCGGGCUACAAAGUCACCAAGGAUAUUGCUAUGACUAGACAUUCGGUGCCCGGAGUAGGAUUGAUAUCGCCUCCACCACAUCACGAUAUUUACUCGAUCGAAGAUCUCGCGGAACUCAUCUAUGAUCUAAAAUGUGCCAAUCCGUCGGGCAGGAUCUCUGUAAAAUUGGUUUCCGAAGUUGGGGUCGGAGUGGUCGCGUCCGGCGUGGCCAAAGGCAAGGCCGAACACAUAGUCAUAUCCGGUCAUGACGGCGGCACUGGAGCUAGUUCCUGGACCGGUAUAAAAAACGCCGGUUUGCCGUGGGAACUCGGUGUAGCCGAAACACAUCAAGUGCUGGUGUUGAACAAUUUAAGGUCCAGAGUGGUGGUCCAAGCGGACGGUCAGAUAAGAACGGGUUUCGACGUGAUCGUAGCCGCUUUGCUGGGCGCUGACGAAAUCGGCUUGAGCACUGCACCUUUAAUUGUGCUCGGAUGCACCAUGAUGCGGAAAUGUCACCUGAACACUUGUCCCGUGGGCAUUGCCACACAAGACCCGGUGUUGAGAAAGAAGUUCGCCGGUAAGCCGGAACACGUGGUCAACUAUUUGUUCAUGUUGGCCGAAGACGUUCGCAAACACAUGGCUACGCUUGGCAUAACCAAAUAUCAGGAUCUCAUUGGUCGCACUGAUCUGCUUAAAAUGACCGACGCCAACAACAACCCUAAGGCUAAAUUCUUAAACUUAACUCCAGUACUUCGCAACGCUUUACACAUGAGACCCGGUGUCAACAUAGUCGGAGGAUCGGAAACACAAGAUUUCCAAUUGGAAAAACGCAUGGACAACAUAGUCAUUACUGCUGCUCAACCUGUAAUCGACGGCGAACAAAAGAACGUCGAAAUAGAACUUACUAUCAACAACGAAUGCCGUGCUUUCGCGUCCACCUUGAGUUACCACAUUUCAAUGAAAUACGGAGAUGACGGUUUACCGGAGCAUAGCAUAAAUAUAAAAUUAAAGGGAUCGGCAGGUCAGAGUUUUUGCGCAUUUUUGGCCAAAGGAGUUCACGUCACUUUGGAAGGCGACGCCAAUGAUUAUGUUGGAAAAGGUCUUUCUGGCGGUGAAAUUGUUAUAUUCCCUCCGAAAUCGUCUACAUUCCAAUCCGAGCUUAAUGUGAUUGUUGGCAAUGUUUGUUUGUACGGUGCCACUAGUGGAAAAGCCUUCUUCAGGGGUAUUGCUGCCGAAAGAUUCUCUGUGAGAAAUUCCGGAGUUGUUGCUGUAGUCGAAGGCGUUGGUGAUCACGGCUGCGAGUACAUGACAGGUGGCUGUGCAGUAAUUUUGGGUCUCACAGGACGUAAUUUCGCUGCCGGUAUGUCCGGUGGUAUUGCUUACGUUCUCGAUGUCGAUGGAACGUUCAAAAGCAAAUGUAAUACAGAAAUGGUGGAACUACUUCCUUUGGACCGUCCAGAAGACCUGGACUACGUGAAAUCUCUUUUGGAAGAGUUUGUGAGAAAAACCGAAUCGGUCAUUGCCUCGAAGCUGUUAGAAUCGUGGCCUCAAUCGGCAGCAAAAUUCAAAAAAGUCUUCCCGUAUGAGUAUCAAAGAGCUUUGAAACAACUAGCCGAAGAAACUAAGGAAACGAAAAUCUCGCACGUCUCAGAGCCCGUUCACAACGAACCCGGUGUCCGUGACAUCGAAGAAUCCAUUAACGAUCAUGCGAUGGAAAAGAAGAGGCUGGAUAAGAUUCUGGACAAAACUAAAGGAUUCGUGAAAUAUCCGCGUGAAACGAUGAUGUAUAGACCGGCCGAGAAGAGAAUGAACGAUUGGGAUGAAAUCUACAAUACCCAACACGUGAGGAAAGGCCUCAGAGUCCAGGCUGCCCGGUGUAUGGAAUGCGGCGUUCCAUUCUGCCAGUCCUCGCACGGAUGUCCUUUGGGAAAUAUCAUACCGAAAUGGAACGAUUUGAUUUUCCAUAACAACUGGCAAGAAGCUCUCAAUCAGCUUUUGCAGACCAACAACUUCCCUGAAUUCACCGGACGUGUUUGUCCAGCUCCUUGUGAAGGUGCAUGCGUUUUGGGCAUUAGUGAGCCGCCUGUCACCAUAAAGAAUAUCGAGUGUGCAAUUAUCGAUCACGCCUUCGAGCAGGGCUGGAUUAAACCAGAACCGCCUACGAAUCGUUCUGGGAAAUCUGUAGCCGUAGUAGGAUCCGGACCGUCUGGAUUGGCUGCCGCUCAUCAACUAAACAAGGCUGGACAUUUGGUAAAAGUAUUUGAAAGAAACGAUCGCGUUGGUGGCUUGCUCCAGUACGGAAUUCCGACCAUGAAACUGUCAAAAGAAGUCGUCCAAAGACGUGUCAAGCUGCUGGAAGAAGAAGGAAUAGUGUUCCACACGAACGUUUCCGUCGGGAAAGAUUAUCUAGCCAAGGAACUUUUGGAUCAGUUCGAUGCUGUAGUUUUGUGCACAGGAGCUACUUGGCCCCGAGACUUACCCAUACCCGGUCGACAUUUGGAAGGCAUUUAUUUCGCAAUGAACUUCUUGGAAUCCUCACAAAAGAAACAACUCGGUGGUCCGACAGAGUUACCUUUACUCGCCAGGGAUAAAGACAUAAUCGUUAUUGGAGGCGGAGACACUGGAUGCGAUUGCAUUGCCACGUCGUUGAGACAGAGAGCAAAAUCGAUUACGUCGUUUGAAAUCCUUCCCGAACCGCCUAAGUCCAGAGGCCGCGAUAACCCUUGGCCGCAAUUCCCGAGGGUGUUCAAAGUGGACUACGGGCACGAGGAAGUCAAGAUCAAAUUCGGCAAAGACCCCAGGCAGUUCUGCAUCAUGAGCAAGGAAUUCGUUGACGACGGCAAAGGUCAUGUCAGUGGUAUCAAAACGGUCAAGGUGAACUGGACCAAAGACGAAGCUGGCAGGUGGAAAAUGGACGAAGUGCCGGAUUCCGAAGUGAUUUUCAAAUGUGAUAUGGUUCUGUUGGCGAUGGGCUUCCUCGGACCAGAGCGUACGAUCGUCAACGAACUGUCUUUGGCGCUUGAUCCUAGAUCCAAUUUCCAGACGCCAGCCGGCCGUUACGCCACGUCCGUCCCUAAAGUGUUUGCAGCCGGAGAUUGUCGCCGCGGUCAGUCUUUGGUCGUUUGGGCGAUAUCCGAAGGCCGUCAAGUGGCCAGAGAGGUCGAUGCAUUCCUGAUGAACACAUCCGUAUUGCCCGGAAUCGGCGGUGUCAUAUCUAUUCAGGGGGUGCCGUCAAAAGCUUAACUAGAUGUGAUGAUUCGAUGUCUUGUGUCAACCAGCAGCCCUACCCCGGCCAGUAUGGAAUUGGCACAAGGCAACUCGUUUGGAACAGACGGAUAAUGUUUAGCUCGUUUACUCAAAAUAAACCAACCUUUGUGAAUCCUUUGGAAGUGCGCAGUUACUUUUUUUCAUUCAUUAUUAUAAUUAUUAUUGUAUUUGUAACCAAAAAUAGGUCACAAACCGUCGUUGUUAUUAAUGUUUUUAUUAUUUUUUUUUUUCGUUUGUUUGUUUGUAUCGGUCGUUUAGCCGGCGUGAGGUUUUCUCAAAACUCUUUCAAUUGCUGUAAUAUUUCACAAACAUAAUAUUGUGCAUAGCCAGUGCAGUCCAACAUUAUGAUUUUCCUAAACAACCUAGUACAUCUCUUAUUAGUUACCAAUAUUAUAUCAAUUCGGUUGGAUUGUUGGAUUUUAGAAUAUUCGGUUCUCUUUCUUAAAAUAAAAAACAAAUACAAUAUUUACUAGAAUAGGUACGUUGCUUUUCUUAGAGCAACGAGUUUUGAUUUAACUUUUGGAUAAAUUCCGACAAAAUAGUGAGAUGAGAAGAGGAUCAGUCGACAAUUUCAUAAAAUUCGCAGUAUUAUUGUUUUAUUAUGUUUGUUUUACUCAUAUUAAUAUUGUUAGUGGACAUUCGAGUCGCGUGUAAUUUUAUUAUUAUAUUUUUAUCCAAAUAUAUCUAUACCCAAAUUUUAUCUAAUUAAGCUUACACCAGAUGGCCAGAUCCCUUUUAGUGUAAUUCUAAUUAUUGCAUAUUGCAUAUCCUAUAAACAUUACUAUUACCUCCCACAUACUGAACGAAAAUAUGUUAAAAAUAAAAAAUACUAUCACUAUAUCUACCUACAUAUUAUAGAGUUAACUAAUAUAAUUAUAAUAUAUUAUUAUUAUUAUUGUUUCGCCUACACACUAUAUACCUAUUACAUUAAACGAAUGUAAUUUAUUUUAGUACAUAAAAAAAAUAUUUAUAAUAUUAUUAUAGAAGUUGUUCGAGUGAAUUCGGUGGUGCGCAAUUUGAUUUUUUUAAAUAUAAAAUUAUACAUUAAACAAUAAUUAAAUAUUAUUAUCAACAAGCUGCUAUCGCUAUAAAACUUAUGAUAAUGUUAUAUGUGAAAAAAUCGAAAUUGCUAUUUGAAACAUUGUGCCCUUAAAGACAAUAAUAAACUUAUAUAUUGAACUAUUAUAAUAUAGUUAGA